AUUUUAGUCGAUCGUCAAAGUUGGCCAGGUCUAUAUACUUAGAAGAUUGGAAAAGAGCAGGCGGGGGCGGAGGAGAAGAGAAGACGGCUCCGAUGAUGCAGAAUAGCUUUUCGCCGAACUGUCAAAUUAUCGAAAAGGAUAUCGCACACGAUAGCUGUCAUGCGGAGGGUUGUUGAAAAAUAAGCGUUGCUAACGUGCGUUUGAUAACGUUCUGUUUUUUUAAGGCUUCACUUAGACAGUCUUUGGUUAUCAACAUGCCAGAGCACGUCGAGUUACAGCACCUAGUGGACGGUGACUUGGAGUGCCAAAAUGCUGCCCGAAAGAACGAGUUCUCCACACCAAAGUGCAAAUCAUGCCCGUAUCUGGGUCUGGUAUUAGCUACUCUAUCCUCGUUGUUUUUCUCACUCUGUAGUGUUAUUGUCAAAGGAUUAGUGGAGGUGAAUCCAAUGGAGUUGGCUGCCUUUAGGUUUGUGGGUGUCUUACUGCCAGCAAUCCCGAUAGUGAUUUACAAAGGAGAUGACCCUUUCCCAAAGGGCCGCCGCCUCAUGUUACUUCUGAGAAGUUUUGUUGGUACAACUGGAUUAAUGCUUAGCUUUUAUGCAUUUAGACACAUGCCUCUGGCGGAUGCAUCUGUGAUAGUCUUCUCAGUUCCAGUAUUUGUAGCAAUAUUUGCCAGAAUAUUUCUCAAGGAGCCCUGUGGUCUUUUCAAUGUUAUAACAGUCUGCCUGACACUAAUUGGCGUAGUCCUUAUCACUCGUCCACCACUCAUCUUUGGUCACACUGUUGUGUCUUUGACGGAUAACCAUGUGGAAACUGAAAAUGCAGAUCUCUGGAGUGCGGUGGCAGCUUUCUCUGCAACUUUAUUUGGAGCCAAUGCAUACGUUUUACUGAGAGCUCUUAAAGGACUGCACUUUUCUGUAAUAAUGUCGAACUUUGGAUCAUUUGGUCUAGUCCAGACACUCAUAGUCACUUGGGCCAUUGGAGCUCUCUGCUUACCUCGUUGUGGAACUGACAGGUUAUUGGUGGUUGCUCUGGCACUGUUCAGUUUUGGAGGACAAAUCUUGUUAACUCUGGCAUUACAAAUGGAACAGGCUGGACCGGUAGCCAUUGCCAGAUCCGCGGACAUCGUCUUUGCGUUCUUCUGGCAGGUACUCUUUUUCAAUGAAAUACCAAACAGAUACUCGGUUGGAGGCGCCAUCCUCGUUACAAGUUCGGUUUUGCUCACUGGAUUGAGAAAAUGGGCUGUAUCGUUGCCAGAGACUUCCGGUGUCAAAAAAUCCUUGGGCUUCUUGGCUAUAUAGUGAUUUCGAGAUUGACGGAUACAGCUACAAGAUACUUACACGAACACUCGGCGUUGCAGUUGAAUGCAUUUUUUUCCAUUAAGAACGAUGCUGUUAUGCGAAAGAAAACUUUUUAUACGAUAAUAUUCACACUAUAUUGAAAAUUCGCCUCUGCUAUUCGCGCUGUUGCCAUAAAUUAUUGCGGCUCAUAGAAGACUAGUAAAUUAUCACGUUUUUUAUAGUUUGUUUCUUAUAAAAAAAAAAAGCUUAAUACUUAGGACGCGAUUAUUUUAUAAUCAUAGUCGUUGGCGCGUGCACAAGGCGAAAUUCCCUAUAGUAAUCCUUGCAAUUGCGUGAUAUUUUCCGAAUAAUGACAAGUACUUUAUACAUUAUUACGGCAGCUUCUUUCAUGGUAAUGUGUAGUCAGUUAUGGAGAGACAUUUUUUUCUGACAAAAAAUAUUUCUCUUAUACUAUAUAUACUGAUUUUGUAACGUACAGCACUUUGCGCGAGAAUUAGAUAUACCCGUGAAAUUAUUUUGUCAGAUUCGCUCUCCAUCAUAUGAAGCGCACAUUAAUUGCACCUCUCUAUUACAUUAGUUGAAAAUGCAGACUGCUUACUUAGUUGUUAGAAUUGGUUUUCUAACAAAGUUCCUCUAAUGUUAAGUAUAUGUAUUUAGAUUGGCCUAGAUCGCACAUAUGUAUACUGCGACUGGUUGGAACAUUUCGAAAUGUUCUUUAUAUUAUAAUUUAUUUAUUUAUUCAAUCAUCACCUCAUCUUACGUGUCCAGCUCUGUUAAAAAGAAAACCUAGCACUCAAAAAUAACUAGUCCAAAAAUCGAUCCACUGGACUACUUUUACCAGCAACAAUGUGAUAGACUAAAUAUUAAAUAUGGUUGAGCGUCCUUAAUUUUUUUUACCGAAAAAUCUCGCAGCAUUUCAAGUACUGUGAACAGUCACGUUUCUCGUUACUAUUAUUUCUCGAUGUUUUUCAUUUUUAUACGCGAUGAGAAGUAAAAAAAAUAAUGAAUUAAGGAUGCCCAAUGCCGAUCUUUGACCACGUUGAGAUGAUAUCGAAGCACAACACAGACAUAUACCUAUUUACAUUGUGUACUGUAAUAAUCACGACUUUGUAUCAUAAUGGAGUAUAUAUAUAGAAAAGAAAAGACUAUGAUCGAAUAUUUUCAGACUGAUCGUAGUUAAAAAUCGAGUGCGUAAAAAAAAGUAUAGCUUUAUAAAGCCAAUCUUACACGUAUGUAACUAAGUCAAAGCAAUAUUUUGUCUCUUGCUGGAUUAGAUCGGAUCGUAUAAUAACGUUGUUGAGCUCGCAUUGACGAUUCUUGCCAUUUUUUCUAGUGAAAAAAACAUGCCGUUUAAAAAAAAUUAUUUAAUUAAUGAUUGUGAUCGCGUUACCAAAGAUAUUAUAAAUAGAGAGUAGUUGGUUUAUAACGGCGAAUGUCAUUGUAUAGCCCUUAUAAACGCUUGGUGAACACGUUCUUUUGCAAAUUCGAUUUCGUUUUAACUCUCAUAAGAAACGUUAAGUAUUACAAAAGAAAACGACGAACAAUAAAAUACAGAAAAAAUUUUUAAUAGAAAGUAUUCUUCACUCGACACGUAAUAUCCAAAAUCAGAUGUACCUAUACAUAAUGAACAAAAUUGAACGGUAUUAUAAUGGUAUCAGUCAAGCUGAGAAUCUUUUAUUUCAAAUAAAAUUUUAAAUAAUGAAACAAUGA